UGACAACUUGGGGAGGCUUGUUUUAAACCGAACAACCAGGCAGGGCGAAAGAUGUGGGAGUGCCAAGGCUUUCACUUCUGCGGAUGUGUUCCAGCGCAGUCGAUCUCGGGGUCCGAUUGGGCGGAAGGAGCUAUCCUCACUACGACUUGUAGAAGUCGUUCUUAGUGACGCCUUUUUUUUUUAUUGCCACUUCCAGAUUUAUCUGAGAGUGAGAGCAAUUGCCGACCUCACAAUCAUGGGAUAUCUUUAUGGCGUUUGCGGGGGUAGGCAUUGCAAGAGGGCGUUCACGUUGACAGUGAUGAGAGCUGUUUAAAUUAUUAGAAACCAUGGAAGAGGCCUCGAGAAGGCGAAAACAGAACGAUAACUUUCAUUUAAACUUAUACCUGAGACUUCUUCAAUGGAUCUUGUGUGUAACCAUCCUGCCAGCCCUUGUAGUGAGACUUAAGAACAAUUCCAGAGUAGACCUGAUCACCAUCACGGGAUGGCGCACGACUCUGCCAGCUUCAUCACGGGGAUCGACUCUGCCGCACGAUCACAUGCUUUCCCUUCCCUCCUCGCCCGUCUACGCAGGCCACCAUCUCAGAAAGAGCCAACUUCACCACCAGCCCCGCCGUUUAGCGUUGAGCCGCCCUUCCACCACCUUGGCAAACAUGCCGGGAGGGGUGGGGGGAGUGACCAAAAGAAAGGAAGACCCCGCCAAGGCUUGGUCGCCAGCUGGCAACUGUUGGUGGGAGACAGAAGUGGCGACAGACCGGGGAAGCAAAAUUGAUCAAAAUACGGUAUAUACGGAGUAUAUGAGAGACAAUCGGUGUUGUUGGGUUGGGGCGGAGACGCGGACGAACGGCUCGGCCGCUGGACAGAGCAACACUACUUUUUGACGGGCCCAAGUGUCUCGCGAGGGUGUGUGUGGAGGGAGGACCUUCUCUCCGACUACAAGCAAAAAACACUAAUAACACUACACACCUACUUCCCAACAAAAAC